GCAAAGUGACUGAUAUUGAUAAGGAUGUGGAUGGAUUAGGAUGGAUGGUGUAAUAAUUUUGAAUAUUUGAUAAUGGCUUUCUUUAAAAUUUGUAACUAGACGAGAAUAAAGAUGAGAAUCAAAAGAUUUAAAACUAACUAAUUUUUCUUCGGUUUUAAAUCAAUUAAGUAUAAACUAAUAAACUAGUCAUGUUAUUAUUUUCGAGUCCAACUCCAGUCAAACUGAUGAUCUCGGCUGUGUUUCGGCCACAGGCCAUAAGUAAAUUCACUGGAUACGGUGUAAGGAGUAUUACAACAUUGCAAAAGAAACAGAAAGAGGCAUUGGUUGACAGACGCGUCGAGAAGACAGUCUACAGACAUUUUUCGUACGAUUUGGACCGGUUGGAGGAUUGGUAUGAUCGUACAUUCAAAGGAGAACGUUGCACGAAUAAGAAGUCAUUGCAAAAGGCAUAUCAGAAGGAAUUAUUCAAGAGACGCGUCCAAAAAGUCUACAGACGUUUUUACCUCGAAUUUGGUCGUAUAUUGAAUGGAUAUCUUUUAACGAAUACGAGUAUGAAGUCAUUGAAAAAUGACCAGAAGUACGUUGACAAAGCAACCGAGGAGAUAAUCACUCAACUUUUUCAACCUCGCGUUAUAAACGCAGAUGAUUACAAGCAACACAGCGAAGAAUGUUUAAAAGAAUUGGAAACGGAAGAAAAAGAGAAAUACCUUGUUAUGAUUGAAGACGCGAUCGAAGAACGUUUUUUAAGAAUGUUAUUGAACAUCAAGUUGUAUUUAGAUUUGGAAUUGAUUGUUCUCAUCGGUUUUGAAAAUUGCAUCGAUUACGUUAGUGUGUUAUGGAAUUGUUAUAAUGCCAAUGAUAAUUAUGCGAUAUUUUACGAAAGAGUCAUAAUUAACGGUGCUAUUGCAAUGGAAGAGUACUACGAAGAGUCUAUUAAACAAGAUGCCAUUGUAACCUUAAGUCAUAGACUGCUUCGAAACUAUGUUUUAGAUAUUUGUGCUAAGCGUGAUACCAUGACUGAUAAGGAAGAUGUCCCAGCAAGUCGUAGAUUUAGCGAAAAGUCCCAAAAAUUUAUCGACUUCGUAUUGAGAAACGAAAAUUGUUUUGUAAAGUAGAAUAAUUCAUCUCAUACUGAAUGAUUAGAUAUAUGCCUAUAAUAUGUAUUAUGUACCUACUAUACAUAACAUUUCCAAUAUAGUUGAUAAGAGUAAAA